UCCAACAUGGCCUCAGGGUCACCAUCCACAGAUCUGGAAGAGGAAGUCAUCUGUCCCAUCUGCCUGGAGUGCCUAACAGAACCUGUUACCCUGGACUGUGGCCACAAUUUCUGUCGGGGUUGCAUCACUGACUACUGUGAUAAAUGGGAAGGACUGGGGCACCUGGAGUGUCCUGUCUGCAAAGCUGAGAUACAGAAAGGGAAUUUCAGCUCAAACUGGCAGCUGGCAAACUUGGUAGAAAAAAUAAAAGAGAAGAGAUUUUGUGCGAGAAAUCCAGGAACAGAAGAUCUGUGUCCAACACACGGGCAGAAACUCCUUUUCUUCUGCAACGAUGAUGAAAAAUUCAUGUGUCACAUUUGUAAGCAUUCUCCAGAACACAAAGGUCACUCUUUACUUCACCUGAAAGAGGCUGCUGACCUAGAUAAGGCAAUCAUGGCUGCUAGAAAAGGGAGAGUUUGCCAGAAGCACCCGGAGCCACUGAAUCUCUUCUGCAAGGACGACAAAGCCCUCAUCUGUGUGGUCUGUCACCGAUCCAAGGAGCACAGAGAUCAUGAAGCCCUUCCUCUUGAGGAGGCCUCCAAAGAGUACAAGGAUCAGUUCUACAACCGCCUGGAGGUGCUGAAGAAGGAGAGAGAAAGAAUUGUGGCGUAUAAAGCAGAGGUAGUGAAGGAAAGCCAAGACCUGCUCGAGCAAACCUCAGGAGAGAAGCAAGAGACGGCAGCCAAGUUCAGACAACUACAUUCAUUUCUGGAGGAGCAAGAGAAACGUCUCCUGGCCCAGAUGGAAGAGGUGGAGAAGGAGGUGGCAAGAAACAGGGACCAGAACCUGGCCGCACUCUCUGAGGAGCUCUCCUCUCUGGAUAGCCUCAUCCAGGAGAUGGAGGAGAAGUGUCAGCAGCCGGCCAGUGAACUCCUGCAGGAUGCCAGAAGCACCUUGCAGAGGUAUGAAGAAAAGGAGGCGUUUGAGGAUCCAGCGGCUUUUCCUCUUGCACUGAAGUGGCGGAUCUGGGAACUCACGGACUUAAAUCCCCUUUUGGAGGGCUUCAAGAAGCAAUUCAAAGACACUCUGGAUUCUGGACUUCUCCUGCAGAAAGCAUGUGUGACUCUGGAUCCAGAGACUGCCCAUCCCGAACUCAUCCUGUCUGAGGAUCGGAAAAGCGUGAGAUGGGGAGGAAAAGUUCAAGCUCUGCCCAGCAAUCCUGAGAGAUUUUCCACAUAUACUGCUGUGCUGGGCUGUGAGGGAUUCACAGCAGGCCGCCAUUUCUGGGAAGUCCUUGUGGGAAGUGAGGAAGGAUGGAGUUUGGGGGUGGCCAGAAAGUCCGUGAGGAGGAAGGGAGAGUUAUCCUUUAGUCCCGAGGAAGGGGUCUGGGCUGUGGGGAAGUGGAAGGGGCAUUACAGGGCUUCCAUAACAGGCCAAAACCCUCUCCUGUCCCUGACCGGGGAGCCGAAGAGGAUCCGAGUCUGCCUGAACUACGCUGGGGGCCGAGUGGCCUUUUUCGACGCUGACCGAGGAUCCCUGAUCUACGAGUUCUCCGGAGCCUCCUUCUCUGGAGAGACCCUCCUGCCCUUCUUUGGGGUGUGGGGAAAAGCCCACCUCAGACUCUCCUUUUAA